AGCCGUGGGCGCGAGCUCAUCAAGUAUAAACCCAAUCACGGGAAUUCUGCUCGUCACUCACUCAGUCGCACUGACUCGGUUACCAGAGCUGAACUUCAGCGGAGAUAGCAGGCACAUUCUCUGCGCUCAGGCUAACUCGCUGUCGGCUUUGGUUCGAGAUGGAAACUUGCUCGACUGCACGGAGAUCUCGGAGCGCCAAUAUCCACAACUUCAAAAGUGGGCUCACCCUAUGGCUAGUGCUGUGGUUGGUGGCGGUGAAGCAAAGUGGGGCAGGGACGUGUCCAAGGCUGUGUGUGUGUUACCCAUCGCCUAUGACGGUAAGCUGCCAGUCUCAGAACUUCACCACCGUGCCCUCCGGAGUGCCCUACGACUCCCAGCGCGUCUUUCUGCAGAACAACCGCAUCACCGAGCUCAGAGCAGAUUCUUUUGGCUUCGAGACACAGGUUCUCUGGCUCUACUCCAAUAACAUCACACUGAUUGAGGCUGGAGCCUUCAGCAACCUGAGGGUUCUAGAAGAGCUGGACCUUGGUGACAACCCAUUACUACGGCGACUGGAGGGUGGAGCGUUCCGUGGACUGGAGAAGUUGCAGAGCCUGCACAUGCACCGCUGCAAGCUGGCCGCUCUCCCCCACGACCUCUUCCUCAAGCUCUACAGCCUGCAGUUCCUCUACCUGCAGGAGAACGAGCUGCACUUCAUCCAGGACGACCUCUUCUCCGACCUGGUCAACCUGAACCACCUCUUCCUGCAUGGCAACCGCAUCCGCACACUGUCCGAGAACGUGUUUCGCGGCCUGGUCAACCUGGACCGCCUCCUGCUCCACGACAACCGAAUCCGGCAGGUGAACCGCCGUGCUUUCCGUGACCUGGGCCGUCUGACCAUCCUCUACCUGUUCAACAACUCCCUGGCAGAGCUGCCAGGCCAGGCCAUGAAAGAUGCUGUGGCAGUCCAGUUCCUCCGCCUCAACGGGAACCCCUGGUCCUGCGGCUGUGAGGCCCGCUCCCUGUGGGAGUGGUUCCGUACAGCUCGCAUCUCCUCCUCCGAGCUGAUGUGCACCUCCCCCUCCCCCCGCCGCGGACAGGACCUGCGCUUCCUCCGAGAGAUGGACUUUGCCCUUUGUCCCCUCCCCGACCCCGGGUCACUGGCCGGCACCACCACGACCACCUUCAGCACCAAGACAAGAUGGUGGUUCUCCAAGCACAAGCCCGUGGCCUCGUCCAAAGGAAUCUUCCAGAAGAGCUCGGAAACGGUCAAGGCGCACCCCUUCUCCUCGGUCAAGCCCAACCAGCCCUCCUACCCUUCCUCCACCUCCUUCUCCUCUAAGUACGAGCUGGUGGAGGAGGAGGUGAACCUGCCCAAGGUGGACCAGGAGGAGUACUGGGCCAACUACGGGAACGAAGACGCCUCUGUGCGUUGCUUCGAGCUCGAGUGCCCGCCCGGCUACGACACCCCGGUCCUCCUGCCCUCCUCCUCCUCCUCCUCCUUCUCCCCCACUCAGUCUUUCCUCCCUCUCCUCUCCCUUUCUGUACUAACCUUCUCCCUCCACCUUCUCUUUGGCUGAACAGCCCUAUUAGCUCCUCUUUUUCUCCAACUCCUUUCUCUUUCUCCUCUACACACCUGGAUCUUGAUUCCUUUCAGUUUCCCCCCUGGCCCCCAGGGGGCGGUACACUGAUGCAGGAGCAGGCAGUUUGUAGGGAGCUGCUCUCAGGAGCACAGGUGAGAUGCAGUGUGACACCAUUUGAUUGGAGGGCACCGCUGCUGCUGAUAGGGCUGAGCUCAUUUUUCACUGAGAUGACAUCACAGCAGCAGGUUCUGUUUUCAGGAAUUUAAUCACCAUAACUACUAGUUUGUAUUCGCAGCAAACAACGCAGGCGUUGUGACACUGGCUAUUUUGUAUGGCGUCAAAUGCUCACCAUUGUCAACCCACUGCGUACCAAUAUUUUCAAAAGCAACACUUUCCUUUGGCUUCAUCUUUGUCACUGACCUUUCAACUUUCACCUGUCCACCUCAGAGACCAGAGACACCAGAGUGCUGCUCCUACAGGGCUACAGCAGCAAGAGACAGAAAAUGCUGAGGGCAUCUCAUAAAGGGAAUAGUAGGAAGACAAGAAUACUUAUGGAAAAAUACUGUAGUGAGACAACUAUUAGUGAGAUGGUAAAGGAGAGGUGGAUAGAUGUAAAGGGUGAAGAAAACGAUGUGAGCGUGUGUGUAACAGGGAUAGGACAGAAAUCAAAAGAGUUUCAAGGAUACUGGCAAGCGAGAGACAGGAUAAAAGAGAGAGAGUGUGAGAGUGAGAGGAUUAAAAAGAGUUGUUACGACAUACAGCAGACAGCAGGCUAGGUCCGAGUGCCAGUAAGGGAGUGAAAGCAAGGGCGUCUCUCCAUCUCCAACAUUUGACAUGUCAUCUAUUUUUCCUGUCAACACCAUCAAAAACAACCACACUGUAAAUAUCUCACACUAACUCUGUAGGUUGUGAUACACUUGUGACACUAGAUAGCUACAUACAUGACACUGCUGUGUAGUUUUAUUGUAUGAAGCCCAUGCUUCAACGUUCUUCUGGUUUUCUAGUUUUUCUUUCUCUUUUUUCCAUUGGUGAUUGUUGCCAUGAGUAACGCCAUCAUGUUUAUUAGUGUACUGUAUGUAAAGAUUGAGGAGAUUUGAAAAGAUGUAUGGAAAUCUUUCCCUUCAGUAGUCCAUCUCUACCUCUUGUUUCUAAGUCUGUGGUUCCCCUCUUGACCACAGUGUGUGUCUCUCUGUAUGUGUUAAUGUGAGAUGCACACAGAAGGACAGUAUACUGGGGAGAACCUAUAGCCCAUUAUGGUGACUGAAGCCCGGGUCCAGCUGGGUUGAUCCGGUCCAAAAGAGUGACAGUGACCUGCUGCGGGUCAGCACCAGAUAAGGAGUGCCCCAGUCAUCCCUUUAAUGUGUGUGUGUGCCAGUUACCUCUCGUGCUAAAAGGCAUUUAACAAUCCCUCUGGUUAGCAAGCUGUCAUAUUUCAAGCAGCUCUCAUAUAUUAAUGAGUCUGACUCUAAGAUGAUUUCACUGGAAGCAGAAGAUGCAGCUGUUUGAUUCCAGAUCUAACACACACACACUCUCCCGACAGCAGGUGCAUGGCUGAAUGUACAUCUCUGUCAAAUCAAAUGCAAACCCAACCAGGUAAUGAUGAGAGUGUCGGGGCAUUUCUGUUUCUCACUCCCCAUGUGCCACUCCCCCUCCUCCUCUGACUGUGUGGUUGAAUGGAAUAAGAAGGAAACUGUGAUACUGUUGCACAUUUUCUUUUCAAUGGAA